AUGGCUCUAACAUCAUGGAAAGCCUUCAACUUCUUCGACGUCUCUUCCGUCAAGCUACCUGAAGAGAGCUCAUCAAUAUUCAACUCCGAUAUUUCCUCGCUUUGUACCGGCUCAUCGAAUCUCUUCCUUGGGUCCACCGAUGGCUUUGUCCACCUCAUCUCGCCCUCGUUCAAGCUCCUCCGAUCGUUCAAGGCAUCCGAAGGCGGGCCCAUAACGCAUAUCAAACAGAUAGAAGGAACAUCACUUCUGGUUACGAUUGCUGAUGAUGCCUCACAUGAACCAGCUUUGAAGGUUUGGGCUCUGGAUAAGACGGAGAAGAAAACAGGAGCCCCUAAGUGCCUAUCAACGACCCCGGUGCAGAAUGCUAGAAGACCAUUCCCUAUAUCUGCGUUUACGGCCGUACCCGACCUGUCACAAGUCGCCGUGGGUUUCGCCAAUGGUUCCGUGGUAAUUAUUCGUGGCGACUUGAUUCACGAUCGCGGCGCGCGGCAACGUAUUGUAUUUGAAUCUGAGGAACCGAUAACUGGACUGGAAAUACACAAUGGCUCAACAACUAUCCUUUAUAUCUCCACAACGAACCGGAUAUUAGCGUUGGUUAUUGCUGGUAGAGGCCAGGGCCAACCAGCUCGAGUCCUCGAAGACACGGGCUGCGCUCUUGGCUGUAUGGCUCUGGACAAAGACAGUGGUGACGUUCUUGUGGCUAGAGAGGAUGCGAUAUACACCUAUGGGCCGCAUGGGCGCGGGCCUAGCUACGCCUUCGACAGCCCUAAGAAUUCAAUCAACAUCUUCAAAGAUUAUGUCGCACUUGUUUGUCCUCCAAAGGUCGCAACUUCGAACUCAGGUACUUUGCGAAACUUCGAUGUCAGCCAGCCUAAUGAUAUCUUCAGCACAACCACCUUUACAUUGCUGGAUACGGAUCUGAAGUUCAUUGCACACUCGGAGGCCCUAGUGUCCCCUGUAAAACAAGUUUUCAUUGAGUGGGGCGAUCUGUUCAUCCUCACUACCGACGGGAAGCUCUACCGCUAUCGUGAGAAGAGCUUGCAACAAAAGCUUGAGAUUCUCUACCAACGCAGUCUCUACAUAUUGGCAAUUAAUUUGGCACAGAAGAAAGGUGUCGAUACUCUACAGCAGAAUGCUAUCUACCGUAAAUACGGCGACUUCUUGUACCAGAGGGGCGACUAUGACACAGCCAUGCAGCAAUACCUCCGGGCCAUUGACAACACAGAGCCAUCACAGGUCAUUCGCAAGUAUCUGGAUACGCAGCGUAUUCACAAUCUAAUCGAGUACCUCGAAGAGUUACACGACCAUGAUCGUGCCACAGUCGACCACACAACGUUGCUCUUGAAUUGCUACGCUAAGCUCAAAGACACGGGAAAACUAGACCAGUUUAUAAAAGCUCCCGGAGAAUUAAAGUUCGACUUGGAAACCGCUAUUGCCAUGUGCCGUCAGGGUGGCUACUAUGAGCAAGCCGCUUACUUGGCUACAAAGUACGGCGAAAACGACAUGGUUGUUGACAUACUGAUCGAAGACUCAAAGAAGUACGCAGAGGCUGUGGAAUAUAUCUGGAGACUUGAUCCUGAACUGGCCUACUAUAACCUCAUGAAGUAUGCUCGUGUUCUCCUCUCCAAUUGCCCGCAGAGAACGACAGAGCUUUUUAUUGAAUACUACAAGGGAAAGUACAAGCCCAUCACCGAAGUUCAGAAUCCACCCGAGCCACAGGCGCAGUCUACUAGCACAUUACAAAGCCUGGCCGCUUUCCUUCCUCUUCCUUUGAUGAACGCUAGCGCAGGCACCAAGACGACAACCGCCGAGCCUUCGCCCGAAGUAGAGGACAAGGCAACAGAUGAUACUCCGGUAUACCAGAUCCCCAAGCCCCGAACUGCCUUCUCUGCUUUUGUGGGCCAUCCUCAAGAGUUUAUUACAUUCCUAGAGGCGCUUAUCAAGCAAGACGGCCUAAAAGAAGAAGAUAAAGUGGACCUUUAUACGACACUAUUCGAGAUGUACCUGGAUACGGCAUCUCGCAAGAAAUCCACGACUGAGAAGGAAGAAUGGGAGACGAAAGCCAAGAGACUUAUCGAAGGCAAGGAUAUCCCAAUCUCCACAUCCAGCGUCUUGUUGCUCUCAGAUCUUUCAGGCUUUCGAGAGGGGUCGACUCUGGUGCGGGAGCAGGAAAGUCUUCGUUCUGAUAUUUUCCGCUCAUUUACGUCUGCAAAGGAUACACGUGGAGCUAUCCAAGCUUUGAAGAAAUAUGGCCCAGAAGAACCCCAGCUGUAUGUUGAUGCUUUGACCUAUUUUGCUUCAAGCCCGAAGAUCCUCGAAGAGGCAGGCGAGGAGUUAGAUGUUGUUCUCAAACGCAUCAAUGACGAGGGACUCAUGUCGCCGCUCCAAGUCAUCCAAGCGCUCAGCAACAACGCAGUGGUCACUAUGGGCCGGGUAAAGAAGUAUCUGAGUGAUAACAUCGAGCGAGAACGGAAAGAGAUAUCGACUAAUCGUCGUUUGAUUUCCAGUUAUAGCACAGAAACGGAGAACAAGAGGAAGGAGCUUGAACAAUUAGGUAGCAAACCAGUCGUUUUCCAAGCUCGCCGGUGUGCACUUAAAUCUUGCGGUGGAAUAUUGGACCUUCCUACGGUUCACUUCCUCUGCAAGCAUUCUUUUCACCAACGGUGUCUGAACAAGGUUGAUGAAGAAGCCGAAUGUCCCGUCUGUGCCCCUCAGAACUCUACUAUCAGAGCCAUCCGCAAGAGACAGGUGGAGUCAGCGGAUCAACAUGAACUUUUCAAAGGGGAGCUCCAACGGUCGAAGGAUGGCUUCGGGGUCAUCAGCGAGUUCUUCGGAAGGGGGGUAAUGCGACCGCAGAGUACCAUGGAAUGA